GCCCUAAGGACUUCAGAGCUUUCUUGCACAUACACAUGCACAUACACAUACAAGCUGGGGACUUUAGUACAUAGCAAAUCAGCCUGAACUGCCCGUGCCACAUUCAAACACAGGGACCCUGCAGGACUCUAGCAAGACACAUACACCCACCUAUAUACAGAAGUUGCCUAGCCAUUCAAUCAACAGCUGGACUGACACAUCUGAAUCUGGAUUACUUUGUUUCAGUGCCUCAUGCCUACCAACUUUGUUACAACUUGUACCCCUGGUAUCUAAAAGCAACCUGUUCUCAUACAUAAAGUAACCUUACACUAGACAGCGGCACAUUCGGCCACUCUGCUUGGAGGACUUCAUCAUAUCAGGAAAAAGGGAUAGAACCCAACCAGCAGAGCACAGAAGUGGAGGAAUGGUAUAAGCUGUCACAACGUGGGACAUGCCCCAGGUCAUUCGCAGGAUGGUGGUCUGUGACGCGUGCCACACGAACAAUACCAAAGCAAAGCAUUCACCAGCAAACUUAAAGACUGUUCAGCUAUUAUGUUUUUCAUUAUUUAUUCUGGCCAUUCCACAGAUAGGAGAGGGUUCUACAGCAUCUGUGUUAACAUCGACGGUCACUACCACAGCAAAACAAGAUGCAAAUUUGACAUCAGCAGCUCCAGGUACCACAACCAUAAAUGCACCCCAAACACCUUCCACAACAUCACAGAUGACGUCCACAGUGACUGGGAAUCAUUCUAGCACGUCGAUUACAAUCGUAUCCAACACGACACUUGCAGGUAAUGAUUCUGCUUCAUCAAUUGCAGCAACAACCAGUAUGGCUACACCAGUGUCAGGAAAUAGCUCGGUCCCCACUUUUUACAGCACCACAAUACCAGCAGGAACGUUAUAUUGUGCUGCCAAUGGCAAUCAUUCAACUAAUAAUUCAGUUGAUCAGCAGUACUGUAACGCCUCAUCCCUCUGCAAUGGUUCUGCUAUCUUCUCUGUGGUUUUUAAUACUACAAUUACAGAUGCAUGUGACAUGAUAAAAGCUACAUUAAAGGCAUUAAUUUCCCCAAGUAUCAGCACUGUACCUCCAACUCCAACUCCAACUCCACAAUCAUCUACAUACCAGGCAUCAGCUACUGAAAGCACCUCCAAUAGUUCACUGGGAAACAGCACUGGGCCUCCAAUACAAUCAACUACAUAUCAAGUAAAUAUAUCAACGACGGAAUUCACCACCAACAGUUCCUCGGAAAGCAGUACUGCGCCUCCAUCUACAUGUCAGCCAUCAACUACUGAAACCAACUCCAACAGGACAACAGAAUGCCAAAUGAUUUUGAUAGCACCAGAUGAUGAAAGAUUGUGUCGAGCACUAAGCACCAUUAAAAAUAUAACUGAGAACAUAACAGUACAUGUUGCAGACUUCUGCUGCUGUCAACCAAAUGUGUGUCUUGAAAAUAGCUCUGACUACACGACACUCUGUAAUAGUAGCAGAAAUGUAAAUUGCACAGGGACAGGGGCAGGGACAGGGACACCUAUAUCUACAACUACAACCAUUUCUACGGGACAAGGACCAGGGACACCCAUUUCUACAACUAAAAACAUUUCUACGGGACAAGGACCAGGGACACCCAUAUCUAAAACUACGACCAUUUCUACUGGACAAGGACCAGGGACACCCAUAUCUAAAACUACGACCAUUUCUACGGGACAAGGUUCAGUGACACCCAUAUCUACAAUUACAACCAAUUCUAGCCUCCCAGAUUUGGGCUCUUUAAACGAAGCUUUGAAUUCCCCUGAACUUAAUUCAUCCAUGGUUGACAGCAUUGUAUCACAAAUUGAGCAGAUGUUCACCGGAGAAGUGGAGCCCGAAAAAGCAACGCAGUUGGUUGAUGUCAUGAACACCUUUUUAAAUCUUUCCGAGAAUCUUGUAGCGCCAGUCUCAAAAAGGUUAAUUGGCAUAGUGGAUAAAAUUACCUUACAGAUUACCAUUUCUGGACAGUCAAUAAAUAUCACUUCUCCUGCUUUGGUCUUGGCUGCUGAGAAAGUGAAUGCCAGUCUAUUCAAUGGAGCAGCAUUUGGAGUUAAAGUAUCCUCAGAUUUGCAAGUGUCCUUAGGUUCCAAUGCAUCUCAACAAAAUGAAAAUGUGGUUUUCCUUCCUGGAUCCCUUCUUAAUGGCUUGUCACCUACAGACCAAAAUGUGGCUUCCAGGGUUCAGUUUAACUUCUUUGAAAAAACCUCUCUGUUUGUGGAUCCCUCUCUGCCAGCAAAAGACCAAAGCUUGGUCAGCACAGUCAUAUCUGCAAGUGUGUCCAACCUCACAUUAAAUAAUUUGAAAGAUAAUGUAACGGUCCUUCUGCAAACAUCCUCCAACACUCAACAGCAGGAAAAUGUUUCCAUGCUGUGCGUAUUUUGGAACUUCAACAAAAACAAAGGCAGUGGCGGAUGGGAUUCAAGUGGCUGUAGUGUUUUAAAUACAACAGUAAACCAGACAAUUUGUACCUGUAAUCAUCUAACAAGCUUUGCAAUACUUAUGGGUGUGUCCCAAUUGCAUCAGAGUCCAGAAGACACUCUCAUCCUCACAUUUAUUUCAUACAUUGGCUGUGGCCUCUCUGCAAUCUUCCUUUCUGUGACUUUUGUGACAUACAUUGCUUUUGAGAAAAUCCGUAGAGAUUAUCCUUCAAAAAUUCUGAUACAGCUUUGCGCUGCCCUGAUCUUCUUAAAUUUAUCGUUCCUUAUCAACCCAUGGAUUGCCCUUUACAACAAUAUACCUGGGCUCUGUAUCUCUGCUGCCGCAUUCCUCCAUUAUUUUCUUCUGGUCUCGAUCACUUGGAUGGGGCUUGAAGCUUUCCACAUGUACCUCUCACUGGUGAAAGUCUUUAACACCUAUGUACGGAAAUAUAUCUUAAAGUUUUGUAUCAUUGGAUGGGGUUUUCCUGCUGUAGUGGUGGCCAUUAUAUUGGCAGUGAACAAAGAUCUGUAUGGCUUUCAGACAAGGGGACACUACCCAAAUGGAGCUACAGAUGAUGUCUGCUGGAUGGAUGAUAUUAUAUUUUAUAUCACGGUUGUUGGAUACUACGGUCUAAUAUUCCUGCUGACCAUCAGUAUGUUUAUAGUAGUCAUACUACAGCUGUGUCGAAUCAAGAAACAGAAACAACUUGGCUUCCAAAAGAAAAUCACCUUGCAGGACAUGAGGAGUGUGGCCGGAAUUACGUUCCUGUUGGGCAUUACAUGGGGACUAGGUUUCUUCACCUGGGGGCCCGGGGGUAUUGUCAUUGUAUACCUUUUCACAAUCUUCAACACAUUACAAGGUUUUUUCAUAUUUAUCUUUUACUGUGUUGCAAAGGAAAAUGUGCGUAAGCAAUGGAAACGAUAUCUGUGCUGUGGAAAAUUUAGGCUGGCGGAAAAUUCUGACUGGAGCAAAGCAAAUACAUGGAAACUAAAGAAACAAGCGUCAAAGCAAGGAGCGUCUAGCAGCUCCAGCAGCUCCAUUCAGUCCAGCGGAAACACCAAUUCUACUACGCUACUAGUUUCCAAUGAAUAUUCACCAAAUUCAACUGGAAAUGGUACUGCUUUCAAAGAAAGAAAUGGUGUGUCAUUCAUGCUGUACAACAGGGAAGUUCCUAUAUAUGAAAUUCCAGUGAAAAGCCCCAUUAAACUUACCACUUCAAAUGAAAGGCCACAACCAUCAGUCAGAAGGACUUCAAAAAUGGGCAAUGUGCAUUUCAUGGAUCAAAUGUAAUUUGUGUUUGUUCAGUGCCUGGAUUUCUGAGGUGCGAAUUCUGGAUUUAUGGAAAACAGAAGAUGUGAAAAUGGACUUUUGCUACACGCUAAAACAUUGAUUCUAAUUAAAAAGGGAAUAUACACCUGUAUUCAACAUGAGCAAAAUAAACAGGGCUUGAGAUGAAAAUGCACUCCUAAUUUAUUCCUUGUCUGUGUCUCCGGCUUAAUUAUAAGGAGGGCAUUAUAAAUAAGGACUAGUAGGAGUAAUUUGAUCAACUGCUCUCUUCUCCUCUGAUAGUUGAAGACUCAAUUUGGAAAAUUCAAGUGCUUUCAGUGAAAUGUUUCUGCACUUAUUAAAAGAAUAGGAAGAAAAUAUCUUAUUUGGUACAAAUACACAUUUUGUUGCCAGAGGUAUCUGAACACCCUACCAGUUACAUGGAACUACAUGUGAGAAACAAGGAAUGGUUACUGGCAAAUCUUAAACUUACAUCGUGAUUUGCAGUCGAUAGGAAGAUAAUACCUACCUGAAUUCAAAAAGGAGAAUAACAUUUGGUAGAGGAGGAAUAAUGUUCUGGGUCUGUUCUUCAUGGUUCAGUCUAGGAACCCUGGUUGCGAUUGAAAACAAAAUUUUACUCUAGAACAUACAAUUAAAUUUUUUGAAAAUUAAUUUGUUGUAGCAAGUUUUUGGGGACAGUUGCUUGACUCAGCAUGAUAAUAAACUAGGCAGUGGAUGAACUUGACUGGCUUGCACAGAGCGCUUCGAUCUUACUCUACUCAACACCUUUUGGAUGAUAUGGAAUGCUGACUACAAGACAGGCAUGAUGAUUUCAUAACUACCCAAACUAAUGCUCUUGAUGCUGAAUGAAAGCAAGUCCUACCGACAAUAUGCCAACAUCUAUUGAAUAGCCUCCCAAAAAUAUAGCAGCAAGGAAGGUAAUAACACCAUACCCUUGGUUUCAGAAUUAAAUGUUUGACAAGCAAGUGUUUGGACAGCUUUGCCACAAAGGGUAUAUCCAAUACAGGCCCUCUUCAUUGACGUUAUGUUGAACACAGGUGUAUAUUGUCUCUAAAAAUGAAUUUGACUGAAGUGUCUUAACCUUCAGUCUUAGCCAGUAGUAAUUCAUCUUGCAUUGGAUAUUUUCAUGUUUCUAAGAGAUGCUCUUAAAAGAAAAAUGGAAUAUUUGAAGACUACAGAGCAGAGCCAUGUGUAGCUGUGUUCAAACAGGGUUGAUUAGCUUGGACCCAGCAUAUAGUGGGGCCCUUAGAACAGAAUUUAUUGGUAGGCAGAUUAUAUAAGGCCAGAACGGAAAUGCUAACAUUGGAAUUGCCUAAACAGUGGAACUUUCAUUGUAUAGCUGAACAGGUCCGGACUGAGAAUUAAAAUAGGCCCUGGCAUUUCAGCUACACAGAGGCCCAAUCAGGCCACACAGAGGCCCAAACAGCCCCCACCAGACCACUAAAUACUGAUUUUCUAUGGGACCUUAUCGCAGCCCCUCUGGCAUUUGCCAGAACCCACAGAUUGCCAGUCUGGGCCUGUAGCUGAAACCAUAGGUUUUAUUGUAUCCCAGAAGGUGUUGCCCAAGACCCAAAAGUAGAUGGCCCAGCGCAUUGGUACUUCAGAGUAUUUCCAAAAUAAUCAGCAGACAUCAUUAUGUUUACUGCCCUGGUUAUUUUUAGUUCUUUUACUCUAGCUAAACUCAUAAUAUAAUAAUCUGUACUGUACGUAUAUAUUUUUUAUAUAUAUUUAAUUUGUAUAGUUGCUAUUUUUGUUGUAAAAUAAGCAUCACAAUGUAUUAAAUAAUUCUUGUAUUUAA